AUGGAAGGCGUAAGAGCUCAAGAAUCAGAGAUUAUUCAUUUAGGCCUUCAUCAACUUAUGGAAUCAACAACCCAUGGAAAAUUCAGACAUCAGAUCUUCCAAAUAGGUGAAGAGAUAACGAAAUGGUAUCCACCACCAGAGGGCUACCUUCGUCUAGAUACAGAUGGUUCUAUGAAUCUUCAAAGGCAUGCUUCCUGUGGCGGAUUAAUCAGGAAUCCAAAAGGAGAUUGGGUCUUAGGAUUUCAAAGAACACUUGGAUGUAUACCACAAAUGUGUGCAGAGCUUUUAGGAGUUGUAACAGGACUCCGCAUUUGUAAACAACAAGGUUUCAACAAAAUCUUGGUAUAUACUGAUUCUCUUGAAGUGAUUUGCUUGUUAAUGGCGGAUUGUGGAACGGAUCAUCCAUUUAAACUUGCAAUUGAAGAAGGCAGGAAGUUAAUCUACUCUGAUUGGGACAUUGAGGUUCGACAUGCACCACGGGAAACCUUAUACUGCGCAGAUUUUGUGGCAAAGGACGCUCAUCAACGGGAGGAAGAUAUGACACUACUUUUGGAACCGCAUCCUGGAUGUAGCAACCACCUUCAAGCAGACUUGAUGUUUUCUUAA